AGUCGGUCCCAAAGUGUUUCGCGACGGUCGGUCCGCUCACGGGGCGGAUCCGACACAUGCAAUAUGGCGGAGGCGCACACGCGUUCCAGCCGCGGUCAAGCGGCUGAAGGCGGUCUCGGGGGAUGCUGGCGCGUAGCAAAGCGACGACGACGCAGAAAGGCCCGAAUUAGCCGAGCAGCCGCCACCGCUUCCAGCGAAAGACCGCUCGCGAGCUCGCAGAACAAAAUCGAUAUGUUGAAAGAGUUGGUGAGGGAGCGACUGCUCGCGGCCGCCGACGAAAUCUUCGAACUUUUCCAAACAACCGUGGCUUCGUACGAGCAGCAACUCUGUCGAGCGAGGGAGGAGAGCGAGCGACACCGACGGCAACUGGAAGCGAUUUGCAAGACUCAAAUUGUCAUCCGCGUCGAAGACGUGAAUCAGCUGAUGGGUCAUCGGGAAGAACUUCCCGACGUGAAGUUGCGAAGCUCCGCUUCGGAGCAGGAGUAUCCGCGGGCCCGCCGCAUUAAAGAAGAAGAGGAGGAGGCCGGCGUCAGCGCUUUGCCGCGGGACGGCGACUCCGAGGAGAGUGACCACGAGCGAGAUCAACGGCCCGAGUGGUCGCGGCUCCAUCCCGGCAGUCCGAGCGAAGACCUCCGCGGGAGCCCACCCGGGGAGAACCUCUUGGCUCUCCUGACGGACCGCGAUGACGCACAAGACGUUUUGGGGAGCGCCGCAGAUUGUGAAGAGCUCGAGCAGACGAUUGGCGGUCGGGAAGAACCCCCCUCUCGGCGCACCGGCGUCCGCAUGAAAAGCGAAGAGAGUGAAGACGAAGCGCCCGAGCGGUCAGAGUACUGCCGAGGAUCGCCGCGAGACGAGCUCUUGGCGCCGAUGUCGGACAGCGACGACGCCGACGGGCCUUCGCCGAGCGACGGCGACUGCGAAGGUGAGGACAAAGCGUCCCGAGGCUCCCCGAAAGACAAAAGGUCGCGCAAAGGCAACAAGUGUCGCACGCUGAAGGAACAUUUCAGCUGCUCCGUUUGCGCCAAACGUUUUACUUGCAAGUCACACUGGAUGAGACACGUGAAAACCCACACGGGGGAAAAAUCCUUUUGCUGCUCGGUGUGCGGGAAGACCUUUUCGCGGAAGGAGCACAUGCAACUGCACAUGAGGACGCACACGGGGGAGAAGCCCUUCCGGUGCUCGGUUUGCGGCGUCGCCUUUUCCGUCAAACAAAGUAUGAAAAAACACAUGCGAAGGCACACCGGAGAAAAACCCUUCAGCUGCUCCUUUUGCAGAACCACCUUUUCGCGAAAGGAAAGCCUGGAUAAGCACAUGAGGGUACACACGGGAGAAAAGCCCUUCAGUUGCGCCGUUUGCGGCGGAAGCUUUGCUCAAAGGUCCAAUAUGACUCGGCACAUGCAGAUCCACAAGAAGGGGGAGUAAGCGUUGGCGCGCUCGAGCCCAUCGGGUGACGAUGGGACGGACGGACGGCCGGCGUAAUGUCGCAGCGGCGGUUGCGUCCGUCGUGUUUUUAUGUGCUAGCUUAGCGUGUCGCUAGUUGAAAGUCCUAGCUCGGGAUCGGCAACCUGCGGCUCUUUAGCGCCGCCUUAGUGGCUCCUCUGGAGCGUUUUCAAAAAUUAUUGAAAAGGGAAAAAGAUGAGGGAGGGGGGGGUUUUAUUAUUAUUUUGUUUUAAUCUGCCUUCUGUUUCUAUUAGCAUGACGGGAUGCCAGGCACGUGGCUGUUGUUCACAAAUUUUCGGGGGAUGUACAAUUCACCCACGGCACUGGCAAAGAAUGGGAAUCCGGAAGGCCCAAAGAAGCAUUUUUCACCGCUACACGUUAGCUACGAUAGCUAACACGCUACAAAAGUGCGUCCCAUGCUUCAUUCAUCUUAGCGGCCAUUAUGGCUGUUGCUCAUUUUGGCGUGUGUGUGUGUUUGUGUGUGUGUGCGGUAACGGGUCGAUCGUGGCACGUUGGGUGAUCGGAAAAAAGGCAAUUUGAUAAGUAGGCUAAUAUAGCGACGACGUGUGUUGCCUUCAUUUUUAGGCUUUUAAUUUUUUGCCACUCCAGACAUUUUUGUUUUUUGGUCGAAUGUGGCUCUUUCAACAUUUUGGGUUGCCGAGCCCCGUCCUAGCUAGGCUGCAGUAAGUUUUGUCAUCAGACGUGAUGAGGCACGCAUGCAUACGUGUGUGUGUGUGUAUGUGUGCACAGGGUGGCUCAAAUGCAAAUCCUACACGGUCACCCGAUGAGCCAAAGGUCCUUUCAUGGAGGCCGCUCGGGUCACUUGCAAUAAUCUUCAAAAAACAUAACGUCCUUUUUGUUGAAAACAGAAAUAAAGAACCCAAAUAGGUUUUCUGUACCAUGUUGACAAAUUCAAAUUAAAAGUUGAACAAAAAAAAGAAAAAACAAGACUACUGUGGUGAAUUCAAAUCAAUGUAUGUUAGGCUGCUACUGUCAAGGGAGAGGGAGACAGAAAAUGUGG